AUGACUUUGUUAAUGACUGUUAGUGAAAUUACUCCACAAAUUUAUAUAUCUGGUCAAAUGGCUGCAACUCCAGAACAAAUUACUCGAUUAAACAUCACCUACAUAAUCAAUGUUGCUGUUGAAUCAUCGUCUAUCAUAUAUCCAAAAAGUGUUAAAUUAGAAAAGUAUGAUAUUCUCGACUAUCCCACAGCACCAAUAAGCAAUUAUUUCAAUGCUUUAACUGAUAAAAUUCAUCAACAUUUAUCUACCAAUAAACAAAAUAAAGUAUUAAUUCAUUGUAUGGCUGGUAUUUCUAGAAGUACAACAAUUGUAUGUGCAUAUUUGAUGAAAUAUCAGCACAUGACAUUGCGAGAAGCCUAUUUAUUAAUUAAAGAUCGACGGCCUAUUUGUUUUCCGAAUCUUGGAUUUUGGUCUCAAUUAAUUCAAUAUGAAUAUCAAUUGAAACAUGAAAACAGUGUCAAACUCAUUCAAACAAAUUUCGGUCAUAUACCUGAUGUAAUGUUAAAUGAAAUGAAAGAAACGAAAAGUCAACAGCCAACAACGACGGUACCAUUUUUGUCUCCGACAACUAGUAUUAGUGCUGGUGGAGGCACAUUAUUUUCACAAACAUUACCACGAGCAAGUGGACGAGAAAUGACAAUAAGUACUGGCACAUUGAGAUCACGGUCUUUAGCACCUAACCGUCAACUGCCACAAACUUCAUCGACAGUAUCAUCUACACUCAUCAAUGGACGUACAAACGAGAACGGACACUCGACGUUUGCAUCAAAACAGUCUUCUUUUCUGGCACCAACAGCAACACGAUACAGUAUUGGUACACGCUUAAAUCCAUCGUCUUCAUUGCCGCCAGCGCCUCCAUCUCCUACACCUCAAAUAUCAUCAUCAUCACAAUAUUAUGUUAAUAAUCGUCCUUUUCCAAUUACAACUUCGCCGAAUCUGAGAACAAUUGGAGCAAAUCGUCAAUUAAAUAAUAAUUUCUCGCCAUCAACUACAACAAACGGCCAUAGCAAACCUCAUUAUGAAACAACCUAUCAUAAUUUAUGUAUCUCAGGCCUUGAAUCACGUCAAGCUAUCAUAUCCAAAGGGAUUAAAUAUGUUAUAAACAUAUCUCAAGAAUGUCCUGCUCAAGAUUUGGGUCCAGCGGUGGAAUAUGAAAAAGUACCUAUCUUGGAUUUACCAGCUGUUUCAAUACAUCAUUAUUUUGAUCGAUUAACAGAACGUAUACAUAAAAAUAUUUCACAAGGAAAGAAAACUCUGAUUCAUUGUUAUGUUGGAAGGUCUCGAUCAGCAACAAUUGUCUUAGCAUAUCUGAUGAGAUACAAACAAAUGUCGUUGAAAGAAGCAUUUCAUUUUUUACGUGCACGACGACCCAUUAUUGGACCAAAUUUUGGUUUUAUUAAACAAUUAAUUGUAUACGAAAAACAGUUGUAUGGUUAUACAACUGUACAAUUUGUUGAAACUUCAAUGGGUCGAAUUCCGGAUCUUUAUUUAUCAAGUUCAGCAUCAUCGUCACGUUUAAUGCGACAAGGAACAACAAUUCCAAUUCACACAAAAUCAUCUUUGUCAACAAACGCCUUGGCAUCUUCUCCAUCCUUAACAGUAAAACAAAAUGUUUUAGCAACAAAAACAUUUUCUAUUCCACGUCCGUCAUCUGUCGUUGCUCGAUCAACAAAUACAUUACCUGUACGUUCGACAUAUUCAAGUGCUUAUGGUACAAAUGCAAAUGAUUUUUAUUCAGCGAAUGAAUCUUUGAAAUAUGGUUCUCUUACCCAAAACGAAGAUCGUCAUCAUCAGCACCACCAACAUCGACCUCUUUCGACAGCUGUUACUAUGAAUACGUCUAAUCCAUCCUAUGCAUCUAGUUUUAUCAAACAAUCCUCCUCAGCCUAUGCACCGGGAGCCACGUCAACAUUACCAGCACCAAGAGUAUCAUCUGCGAUAAGCAGUGGAUCAAAUAUCCUUAUUCCAACAAAACUCAAUUAUCGAACAGUCAGAUAUGUACCAUCUGCUUAUAACAAGUAUCGUCUACCAUAA